UGGUACGUCCUGAAGGCCCGCCCACUUCCGGGUUCUGAGCGCCAGGGCCAGCAUGGCGGCCGGCAAACGUGCGGCGGCCGGGCCGCGGUCGCCAGUUGCCAUGGCCCAGUGGAAGAAGAAGAAGGGGCUCCGAAAGCGCCGGGGCGCAGUCUCCCAGGCCCACGGCAGCGACUCGGAGGAUGGCGAGUUUGAGAUUCAGGCGGAAGAUGACGCCCGGGCGCGGAAGCUACCUUCUGGGACAGUGAUGAUGCGAGGACCUGGCCAGCCCCUGCCCAGCUUCCCCACCUCGGAAUGCACCUCAGACGUGGAGCUGGACACGCGGGAGAUGGUGCGGGCACAAAACAAGAAGAAGAAGAAGUCUGGGGGCUUCCAGUCCAUGGGCUUGAGCUACCUCGUGUUCAAGGGCAUCAUGAAGAAGGGCUACAAAGUGCCGACGCCCAUCCAGAGGAAGACCAUCCCGGUGAUCCUAGAUGGCAAGGACACGGUGGCCAUGGCGCGGACAGGCAGCGGCAAGACGGCGUGCUUCCUCAUCCCCAUGUUCGAGCGGCUCAAGACCCGGAGUGCCCAGACCGGCGCCCGGGCCCUCAUCCUCUCGCCCACCCGGGAGCUGGCCCUGCAGACCAUGAAGUUCACGAAGGAGCUGGGCAGGUUCACCGGCCUCAAGACAGCCCUGAUCCUGGGCGGGGACAAAAUGGAGGACCAGUUUGCAGCCCUGCACGAGAACCCCGACAUAAUCAUCGCCACUCCUGGCCGGCUGGUGCACGUGGCCGUGGAGAUGAACCUGAAGCUGCACAGUGUGGAGUACGUGGUUUUCGAUGAAGCGGACAGGCUCUUUGAGAUGGGCUUUGCUGAGCAGCUGCAGGAGAUCAUCAGCCGCCUCCCUGGGGGCCACCAGACGGUGCUGUUCUCGGCCACACUGCCCAAGCUGCUGGUGGAGUUCGCCCGCGCAGGCCUCACGGAACCCGUGCUCAUCCGGCUGGACGUGGACGCCAAGCUCAACGAGCAGCUCAAGACCUCCUUCUUCCUGGUGCGGGAGGACACCAAAGCUGCCGUGCUGCUGCACCUGCUGCGCACCGUGGUGCGCCCCCAGGACCAGACUGUGGUGUUUGUGGCCACCAAGCACCACGCGGAGUACCUGCAGGAGCUGCUGAGCACCCAGCGCGUGAGCUGCACCCACAUCUACAGCGCUCUGGACCAGACGGCCCGCAAGAUCAACCUGGCCAGGUUCACGCACGGCAAGUGCUCCACGCUCAUCGUCACCGACCUGGCCGCGCGCGGCCUGGACAUCCCACUGCUGGACAACGUCAUCAACUACAGCUUCCCCGCCAAGGGCAAGCUCUUUCUGCACCGAGUGGGCCGUGUGGCCCGGGCUGGCCGGAGUGGCACUGCCUACUCCUUGGUGUCCCCGGAUGAGGUCCCCUACCUGCUGGACCUGCACCUGUUUGUGGGCCGCACCCUCAGUCUUGCUCCCCCUAACCAGGAGCCCACAGGUGCAGGCAGUGUGGACGGCGUGCUGGGCCGGGUGCCACAGAGCGUGGUAGAUGAUGAGGACGGCGGCCUGCGGGCUGCGCUGGAGGUGUCGCUGGAGCUGCGGAGCCUGGGCCGGGUGGCUGACAACGCACAGCAGCAGUAUGUGCGCUCGCGGCCCGCGCCCUCGCCCGAGUCCAUCAAGAGGGCCAAGGAGCUGGACCUGGUGGCGCUGGGCCUGCACCCGCUCUUCAGCUCGGGCUUCGAGGAGGAGGAGCUGCAGCGGCUGAGGCUGGUGGACAGCAUCCGGCAGUACCGCUCCCGUGCGACUAUCUUCGAGAUUAGCGCCUCUAGCCAGGACCUCAGCAGCCAGGUGAUGCGCGCCAAGCGGCAGAAGGACCACAGAGCCAUCACUCGCUUCCAGCAGGGGCGGCAGGAACGACAGGAAGGCCCGGCUGGUCCUGCCCCUGCCUGCCCCACGCUGCAGGAGGAGCCGCCAGAGAAGGAAGAGGACGCCGCCGAGAGCAUGGAGGACGUCUUCACUGAAGUUGUGGGCCAGAAGCGGCCGAGGCCAGGCCCUGAUGGAGGAGCCAAGAGGCGGAGGGAGGAGGCCCGGCAGCGGGACCAGGAGUUCUACAUCCCCUACCGGCCCAAGGACUUCGACAGCGAACGGGGCCUGAGCGUCGGGAGUGCCGCGGGGGCCUUCGAGCAGCAGGUGGCCGGUGCAGUCCUGGACCUGAUGGGGGACGAGUCACAGAACCUGACCCGAGGCCAGCAGCAGCUCAAGUGGGACCGGAAGAAGAAGCGGUUUGUGGGACAGGCGGGACAGGAUGACAAAAAGAAGAUCAAGACUGAGAGUGGCCGCUACAUCAGCAGCUCCUACAGGCGUGACCUCUACCAGAAGUGGAAGCAGAAACAGAAAAUCGAUGGUCGAGACUCAGAGGAGGAAGGACCAUCUGACCGUGGAGGCCCUCCGCGGAGAGUGACCUUGACCGGACCGGCAGCGGUGGUAAUGAGUGGUGUGUCAUGGUGGGUCGCAGUCCACCCAGCCAUACAGGUGCUGCCCUUGGGCUGCCUCUGCCGGCACCUGAGGUUCAGCCUGGCCUGCCGAGGAGUGGGGAGCAGGCUGAGAAGGUCCCCCUGCUGUGCCUGGGCUGGUGCCCUUCGUAGUGACGCUGCAGGGAAGUGCAUUUUGCACAAACCUAGGCAGCAGGUCAGGAGGAGGUGACCCCUGGGAGGCUGGGGAAGGGCAGCCUCCAGCGUGGUCUGGCAGGUGGACCACGUGGUCUCCUGGGGCUUGGCCUGGGUCCCUCUGCCAAAGGUGCCAAGUGUGCUAAGGCGGGGUUGGGAGCCACCCUGUCUGCCGGGGUCACUCAGGGACCACCCUGGCCCUGCCGUGGGGGGGGGGGCUGCCUGCAGCCCAGCUCCCUUCAGCCCCACCCACCCCAGCCUCUGGUAGGGGCUGCCACCUGCAGGGUGGGGCAGGCUCUGCCCUGACAUGCCACACAUGGCCUGGGGGCUAGAAGACUGCGAAUGCCCAUACUGCAGGAGGGGAGAGAGUCAGCUCCCGGGGUAGGGACUGAGCCCCAGGCACCCAACUGCCUGCCAUCUCCCCUGGGGAGAGGGGGACUUGGGGCCGUGUUCCAGGCUCUCUGGACCCUGCUCAUCAACCCCCACUCCGUGGGUGGUCACCACCUCCUGUCCAUGUCUGAGCUGCAUCCUUUAGCCUGGGCCCCCGGCCCCGUCCAUGAGGCACCCUCUCUGCUGCCUGCACUUGGCCGCCAACCUGGCUUCUCUCACUGUAUCUCCUCUGCCCCCACCUCUGCCUGGCUGUCUGCCUUCCUCUUGCUUUUCCUUUCUCUUCUGUCUUUAUUAAGCAUCUGCUGUGUACCUGGCACUGGGGCCGCAGCAGCAAGCCGAGGGUAGAAGCAGGGGCGGGUGUUGGGGGUGCGGGGAGGGAGACACUUGGAGGCCACCCCACCGACCCUAAGC